GCACAGUUUCAUAUAUAAGAAUAUAUGUAUAUAUAAGAAUUUACAAUUAUUUUUUGAAAAGAUUAGAUAAAAUUAAUUUUAAACUUAUAUAAUUAUAAAUAUAAAAAAAUUACUUUCUUGUUAAUAAUGCAAUAGAAUAAAAUUUAGGGUUGUGAAAAAAAGGAAAUAUAAUAACUAACAUAUGUCAUAAAAUUUUUAAUGUACAUGUUUCCAAUAUUGUAUAUUUUAUAUUAUAUGCAUUCUAUGUAAUAUCUAUAUGUGAUCUCUAAAAAAAAACGUGCCUCAUUUAGGAAAAACAAAUAUAAUUAUUAAGUGAAAUAUGUUUAUAAUAUAAUAUAAAAAAUAAUAAAAUUGUAAUUUUUUAAAUAUUUAAUAUUUUCUUCUUUUUAUAUUUUCCCUAUAAUAUGAUAGUUAAUAAUAAAUUAAAUCGAUUAUUUUUAUACAGUUAUUUAUAUGUGAUAUGAAUUUUAAAAUAUUGUGCAUAUAAUAAAAUAAAAUAUAACAAUUUUAUAACCUAAAACUUGUGUUUAAAAAUUAUAUAUAAAAAUUUACGAAUUCUAUAAACAUCAAUAGAUUUAAAAAUACAUAAAUUUUUUUUAUUUUUAAAUUUAUAAACUAAUCAUCGAAAUAUCUUAUAUUUUUUUUUUACGAAAGAAAUGCUAUUUAUUUCAUUUUAUUUUUAUUGAAUAAAAAAAAUAUAAUUUUAUUUAUGUACAAGAUAUUAAUACAUGAUUAUUUUACAGUAUUAAUCAUAAAUGGCUCGUUUAUUACUUUGAAGUAUAUUAUUAUUUUUUUUAUUUGAAUUUAUCACAUAUAGAACUUUGGUAAAUGGAGUACGCUGACCCAAGAAACGAACAGAGCUGGUCACUGACCGUACCUAAACGCGAAUCACUGUUUACAUCCAGUUUUACAUCUCAAACUGUCAAGGUGAAGCGCGGCGUCAACACUCCGUUAUUGUCAAGCUUGAGUGCACAAUAGAGUGUCGAUCGUAUGAGAAUUAAAAUACUUUCACAAAAUAAAGUGCCUUGUGAAAAUAAAACGUAGUGUUCUUACGAAAAUAUCUGUCAAAACCUAUUCGCACGAAAAUGUCAAGAACGAGCCAUACCGGAGUAGGAUCGAAUAAAGUUGAGCUUGAAUAUUUGUUCUCAAACAAAGAAGCGUCUGCCAGUGAACAUAGUAUUUCAAGUAUGGUAUCUAAUAGUUCUUCACAAGAUGAAAAUUUUCGCGUGUCGAAGCAUGCGGAAAAUAGUCUUAGAGUUAUGGAAAAAUAUUUACAUGAACAACAAUUGACAGAUGUCAUUUUAAUUGCAGGAAAAAGACACAUUCCUGCACAUCGUUUAGUACUUAGUGCAAGUUCAGAAUAUUUUGCUGCCAUGUUUACAAGUUCUUUAAGAGAAUCUGCACAAAAUGAAGUUGAAUUAAUGGGUGUAGAUGGAGAUGCAUUAUGGACUUUAGUCUGUUACUGUUACACAGGUUGCAUAGAAUUAAGGGAAGAUAGUGUAGAAACUCUUUUAGCAACAGCACGUUUACUACAGUUAAAUCCAGUUGUUAAAGCAUGUUGUCAAUUUCUUAGAAAACAACUUCAUCCAAGUAAUUGUUUAGGAAUAAGAAUGUUUGCUGAUACACAAGGUUGUUCAGAUUUAUUAGAUCAUGCUCAUGCAUAUACAACUAAACAUUUUAUGGAAGUUACAAAGAAUCAAGAAUUUUUAUUAUUAUCUGCAAAUGAAGUUGCCAAACUUUUAGAAUCAGAAGAUCUCAAUGUUCCUUCAGAAGAAAUUAUUUUUCAUACACUUAUGACAUGGUUGGAAUAUGAUCCAGAAAAUAGACAGAAAGAUGCAAGCAAGUUAUUAAGCCUUGUAAAGUUACCUUUAUUAUCUCCUGCAUUUAUAGCAGACAAUAUUGAAAGUAAUGAAAUGUUCAAAGAUCAAAGAGUGGCACAAGAAUUAGUUAUGGAAGCAUUAAAAUAUCACCUUUUACCAGAGCGUAGACCAUUACUUCAAUCAGGACGUACAAAACCUAGAAAAGCUACUGUAGGUCAUAUGUUAGCUGUUGGAGGAAUGGAUGCUAAUAAAGGUGCUACUUCAAUAGAUGCAUUUUCUUUGCGUGAUAAUGCUUGGAAAUCUAUGGCUACAAUGAGUGGUAGAAGACUUCAAUUUGGUGCUGCUGUUGUUGAUAAAAAAUUGAUAGUUGCUGGUGGAAGAGAUGGAUUAAAAACAUUAAAUACAGUAGAAUGUUUUGACUUUUCAACCUUUACUUGGAGUACAUUAUCCCCUAUGAAUAUUCAUAGGCAUGGAUUAGGAGUAGCUGUAUUAGGUGGACCUUUAUAUGCAGUUGGUGGUCAUGAUGGUUGGAGUUUUCUAGAUACUGUUGAAAGAUGGGAUCCAGCCACACGUCAAUGGAGUUCAGUUUCUGCUAUGUCUAUACAAAGAUCCACAGUUGGUGUUGCUGUAUUAAAUGAUAAAUUAUAUGCUGUAGGUGGAAGAGAUAUAAGCUCAUGUUUAAAUACUGUGGAAUGUUAUGAUCCCCAUACAAAUAAAUGGACACCUUGUGCACCAAUGUCAAAACGACGAGGUGGUGUAGGUGUAGGUGUCGUAAAUGGAUGUCUUUAUGCAUUAGGUGGUCAUGAUGCACCUUCCAGUAAUCCUAAUGCCAGCAGAUUUGAUUGUGUUGAAAGGUAUGAUCCUAAGACAGAUACAUGGACUAUGGUAGCACCAAUGAGUGUACCAAGAGAUGCAGUUGGUGUUUGUGUACUUGGUGAUAGACUUAUGGCUGUAGGAGGUUAUGAUGGCCAACAAUAUCUCACUCUUGUUGAAGCAUAUGAUCCACAUCUUAAUGAAUGGGAACCAGUUGCUCCCUUAAAUGCUGGUCGUGCGGGAGCUCCAUGUGUUGUUAUAAAAAACGUAACAGGUUUCGGAUUUGAUUAAUGAUAAAAUUCUGCACAAAGUAUGGAACUUCAAAAGCAAGUAUGGAACUUCAAAGUAUUUUAAUUAAAAAUCUUACAUCAGAAGGUAGAUACAGAAGAAGAUAUUUGCAGAUGUUACUAUAUCAUAAAAGUAACAUUAUUUUUGUCUAUAAAUAUAUGUUUAAAACAUAGUGUUUCAACACAGACAAAGCAAUGUUUGUACUCCAUUUGAUACGUUGCAUAUACUAUCGUGAAUUUGUACAUAUUUAUACCUAUGUCUUUUGUAUAAACAUAUUCAAAUUUAUUUUUAACAAAUACAUUUUUUACGUCGAACAAAUUUAUUUUUCUUGUCGACAAAAUGUUUUUAUUUACAUAUGUAUUCAUAUAUAUUUUGUGAACAUAUUUUUAAAUAAAUAAAAUGCUCAUUUUAACUAA